CGUGAUUUACGUGUUCACAGGCCUCUACCAAUUACAUCCAUGAAUCAUAUCUCGCUUAUAUGCAGAUCAGCAAAGAAAUCUCUGGAUUUUUAUCAAAAUGUUCUUGGGUUUUUACCAAUCAGAAGGCCUGCGUCAUUUAAGUUUCAUGGAGCUUGGUUGCACAAUUACGGCAUUGGAAUUCAUCUGUUGCAAUCAGAAAACCCUGAAAACAUGUCAAAGAAAAUGAAUAUUAAUCCCAAAGACCAGCAUAUCUCUUUCCAGUGUGAGAGCAUGACUAUAGUAGAGAAUAAGCUUCAGCAAAAAGGGAUUGAUUUUGUCCAGAGGACAGUCGAAGAGGAUGGAGUCUACAUCGAUCAAUUGUUCUUCCAUGACCCAGACGGUUUUCUGAUCGGGAUUUGUACCUGCGAAAAUUUUCCAGUUAUACCGCUCAUUGGAGAACCAGUUCAAACUCAAGCGUGUUUAAAAUGA